AUACAAUGCACACUAUAACUUUAAUGGUAUGCCUUCAAUACAUACUGCAUAUUAUACACCCACGUGACUUUACAUUAAAUGCAAGAGUCAGUGGCAAGGCCCUUCACAGCGACUUAAAAUCACAUUGAGUAAGUAGCAGCACAAAGGCAAAAAUCUAUUAGAGUUAAAUAGCUAUCCAAUUCUUUGCCGAAGACACCUCGAAGAACUGCUGUACUGAACAUACAUAUAUUUAAAAAAAAAUUACACAAAUUGACAAAUAUAUUCGAUUAAGGCAGAAGACACCAGCGUUACUGUUGACCUGUUUUUGAAUAGUCAGAAGAAUGAUAUCCAAGAUGACAGCACUGAUAGUUGUCUGUGUGACAGUAACAUCAAUAUUGGUAUUGGGUACGCAAGGUGAAAUAAGUAUAACCAGCGAACCGGAGAAAAUAGUAUAUAAUGAUUAUUUUACAUUAACCUGUCAUAUUGGUACAGUAACUGAUGAAGUUAAAUGGAUCAAUAAUGGAAUAACUUACUUCUCCUGUAUAUCACCAUAUAGUGCUGGUCUGUGUUUUAUAAAUACAACAGCGCCAUACUACUAUGCUACUUAUGAUGUCAACAUAACAGCUGGAAUAUCAACUAUUAGAAUGUAUGCUAGAGAGAACCGGUUAGAAGGGUUGUGGACAUGUCACCACGGCAGAGACAGCUCUACUUACAAUGUCAACCCUGUUGAUUAUGAAAAAAGAGCUUAUAUUACUAGUUUUACAUCAAGUUCUAGCAGUAAUAUAAAUGUGGGUACAGUUAUCACAUUGACAUGUAACGUGUCCAAUACUACAUUGUUACCUGUAAAUGUUUCUAUAUCAAGUCAAAAUAGAGAAGGAAAUCUAACAUACGUUACCAAGUCUUCAUCUAGAAUCAUAACUGCGUCAACAAGGAUACAGUGUACAGAUCACAGGUUUCUCUGUACAGUAUAUAAUGGUUAUGGUACUGUUUAUAUUAGAAACGCGUAUUACAAUGUAAAGUGUCCAGUGAAUCUACUACGAGACAAAACAACCUCAACAGUUAAUGCUACUUUUGGAUCUUAUGCUUAUUUACGCGCGUAUUAUUCUGGAUAUCCUAGACCAAGCUACACCUGGUACAGACGAUCAUCACAAGUUGAGGUCAAGUUAUACAACUAUGGAUCUAGAGCAAGUUGGUCAGACGUCGGUGGUCAAAACAGGAACAUCUAUCUUCAAAUCAACAAAGUUCGUCUACAAGAUGCUGGACAAUACAGUGUUCAUAUUAAUGAUACUGGGAAAGUAUUUAUUGUUGUGUUCACAUUAAACGUAAAUCCAGCACCUACAUCCAAUUCUAUUGCCGAAGAACAGAAUUCAGAGACCCAAAUAGUUGAUGCUCUACAACAUAACUGUACUAACAAAGCUGCAGACUUGAAUCCAUCAACCACCCAGUCGUUUAUCAGCGCAGCUGGAUUGGGUAUUGGUAUCGCUGUAGGAGUUAUAAUCACUCUCCUGGUACAGGGCGUGGUUUUGUUAGUUACUAGAACUCUGAAAUCGCGAGAUGUUAAAGAUAAAGAUGUAAAGACAAAGAGCACCAACAAAGGCCGAGACAAAAUCAAAAACAAAAACAAACAAUCAGACUAUGACAACACUGCAUAUAUUCCAUCAGUAGAUGAUCUGUAUGAAAAUCUGGAAGACGAACCAAAUCCAUCUGCUUAAGAUUAUUUGCUUAUCACUGUCUUUGUAAAAGGAUGACUACAACAGAUUGGUCAUUCUUGGUUCGAAAUAUUGGAGUCGGACUUCCGUCUUGAUCAAUGCGCAAUUUAUUGUUUUCUCCCCGCCUUUCGGAAAAUCAGUGGACUAUUCAAAUAAGUUCGUGUGUCUGUCUCUCGGUCUGUCAAUAACACUUUUUGAAAGACACUAACGUUGCUUCUCAUUUAAAUAUAAUGCUCAAACUUGGUAUAUAAUUGUUUAUUGCGUGCAUAUAUAAACAUUUACCGCUUUGAUUGUCCUAUGUUUAAUAAAAAGGAUAAAUGUGCAAUUAAUUUUGAAAAGGCGGAGGACAUCAUCUCACCGUUGACUUGUUUCUAUGGUUAUGUGCGCAAGCAUUAUGCCAGGUAAUUAAUGAUUGUCAUCUAUUUAUUUUGGGAUUGAAGUGGGGGACAUGAUAUUUUUGUUUGCAGUUUGUUUUUUUAUUAGUUUAAUCCCAUUCCCCCAUCUUACUUAUAGGUGUUAGUUCUUUUUUAAGAUUAAAUUUGUUUGCUUGCGGUAUUGCCAACAUGAAAGUCAUUGUUUUUCAGUUAUUUUCUGUUUGAAGUACGGAGAUUUUACCCCAGUCAGUGACCGCUUCCAUGGUCUCUUUAACAGGAGGGGUGUUUUGAGAUUUUUUCUUCAAACUUGCUGUAAUUGUUUUCGUAGUGAUAAGUAUGAACCCAAGUGAUAUUCAAAGUCGCGCAUAUAUUCAACAGAAGUUUGUUUUGUCACCAAAGUCAAAGUCUUUAUUUGGAAAGUAUCUAUAAACACCACAGCACCGACCACUUUAUGAUGCAGUAUGUAAGAUUAAGGUAAAGAGCUGAAAGUUCCUGCUAUAAUAGUUCCAAAAUAGAUAAUAGAAAAUGAACAUGCCAAGUACCAUUGCUACGAUAAUAAAGUCUCGAUUAUCCAUUUUAAAGUUAAAUAACUAAGUGUGAAUAAAUAUCUGAAUAUUAAUGUAUAGAAAAUUUCAAGCUAAAUGCAAAUUUAGCUCUCACAUAAUGCAUCUUCAACUGCCGAUAUGCGCAUGUUUCGUUGUCUCGCGGGGGCGGGGGGGGGGUCUAGUGGUUAAGAGUGGCGUGAUUUCGAUUCGUCGCUUGAACAUGACAAGGAGUGGGGUCGUGGUAUUUCUCCGGUUUAAUCCCACUGUCAAAGAUACUACGCGCAAGCGAAUUAUUGAAAUGAAAUUGAACCAUAUUAUUAUGUUAGUAACGAAAUGACCUAGUUUGUGUCUAGUGGACGUUAAACUCCAAACCUCUCUCUCUUCAAUGGCAACUUAUCUUUUUACAUAGUAGAAUAUUAUUACACGAUAUUAUUUCCUUAUUUAGAUUAUUUUUUAAUUAUAAAUGUUAUAAUUGUAUACUAUUAAUUCUAACGUGCAUAUUGGACGUUGUGUCUAGUGGACGUUAAACACCAAUCCUUCUCUCUUCAAUGGCAAGCUAUAGUUUACAUAGUAGAAUAUUAUUACACGAUAUUAUUUCAUUAUUUAGAUUAUUCUUUAAUUAUAAAUGUUAUAAUUUUAUACUAUUAAUUCAAACGUGCAUAUUUUAAUUUAACGUCGAAUUUGAUUAGAAUAGUAUUACACGAUGAUACUUAUUGGCCAUUUAGAUUAUUACACAAUAAUAUUUAUUAGACGUUAUUUCAGUACAUGUAUUUAGAUUAUUCUUUAAUUAUAAAAAAUGUUAUAAUUUUUUACCAUUAAUUAUAACGUGCAUAUUUUUUUGUUGGUCGAAUUUUAUUAGAAUAAUUAUUAGACAUUAUAGAUAAUAAUUAUCAGACAUUAUGGCAUUAUUUAGAUUAUUUUAUAUAUUAUUAAUGUUAUAACUUUAAACGAUUAAUUCCAAAGUGCACAUUCACUAUAAGUUAACGUUGGAUAUCAAAUGACGUCUUUAAAGGGACAAUAACACUCUUGCUGGCUUGAAAGCUCCAGAAAAUAAAUAAUAUCUCUAUCUAAGUACUAGAUGUUUAAGUGUCCUACCUGUUGUGUAAAUUAUCCAUUACAUCCUAUUUUACUUGUCCAGAGGGUUCGAAAAUAUUUUUAAAUCGAAGUUUCAUUUGAAAAGGUGCACGUUAGACGUUUCAAACCAUUAUGUUGAAUUUUUCAAAAUUUUUAAAUAAGGUGUGUUAAGAUGAAAUUUGUAUCAUCAAUUAAUUGAAAUAUUCUAAAAUAGUACAAUUUGUUGACCAGAAUAAAGAUUUGGACAUAUUAUUCAGUUACAAUAAGAGUGGUAUUGAUCCUUUAAAUGUAGAGAGUCAAAUAUUUUUUAGGAACCAUGUUUUUUAAGACUUUCUAAAAAUCACUGCAAAAGGGCUCAUUUGCUCUUUAUAUUGAGAAAAGUUUACUAAAUAUUUUGUUAUUUGCUUUUCUUUUGGGUACUGUUUGAAAAAAACGACACCACCCCUUUGGAUUCGUUCUUGACGGAUUUCCAUACACUAACGUUGCGGUAGACUUUGUGCCUUCCAGGACCAGUUUAACAUUUUUAAAGAUAGAUAACCCUUUUGCGGCAAUUUGAUGACAUCUGAGACACGCCCAAAAGUUAGUGAUAUUUAUAAUCUUGCAGUCGUUUAUAUAUUAUUUGUGAUUUAUUUAUGUGUAUAUUUACAUUACGUUUUUGAUAAAUUGACUUCUCAUAGUAAUAUAGGUAUUUAGUUUUAUAACAAUACGUAUUAGUGCUUAAUAAUUAUUUUACAGAUCAUGUAUUGUAUACUAUCAAGCGCUUGUCCAAUGGCGGGGAUGGCUGUCCCCCUUGAUCGCACAUAUCAUUUUUUUCAUCUACAUCCACCAAAAUAAUGCCGUCGUUUUGGCCCCACUCCAAUCUAAUUCUAUACAUGUAUGCAUCUAAACGCGCAGACAUAUUUUAUAAAAUUAUAUCGUGAUUCCCCAGAACCCACGUCAAACUUGACGUUGUCGCCAUCACAGACCCCCACCCACUUCCCCUGCUUAAAUUCCUGAACACGCCCCUGACUAUAUGGUUUAUUAUCUAUAUUUGCUUAUUAUGUAUAGCUACGGUGUUUUAUAGUAUUUAUAGAAUUUAUAGUAAAUAUUGGGUUAUUUUAAGGAAAGCUUAUAUAAAAUCAUACACAACCAGUCAAAUUGCGAAUAAGGGCGAUAACUCACAUUAUUAUUCCUUAUCAGGGCUCAGACUAGCAAUUAUUUGCCCAUUGACUUCAAUGUUAAAUGGCUGUAACAUCACAGGCUGUAGCUUUUUGCUCAACAUUCCGUUGGUUCUAAUCUUUAUAGGCACAAUGGGGACCACAUUUGGCAAUCUCCUCAUCAUAAUUUUCCAGGGGGUUGACCGUUUAGAUUUUUUGGUACGGGGAUUUGAAGUUGACUGGGGUGAAAAUCUCACUUCCGACACUAUGAUUGCUCUGCAGAAAGACACUUUACACCCCCUAUCCCUCCGCUGUAAUAUCACCAGUAUUACCCAAAACUGCUAUGAAAUUGCAAAUUUGAUCCCUUUUCUCCAAUUCUAGACCAAAAAGUCAACCAAAAAAUGCAGGAAGAAGGGAGAAAAAAAUUAAGGAAAAAAUUGUCUAUUUAUAACUCGCACUCUGAGUCCUAUAUCUUUGUUGAAAGUUGAUCCGUUUGUAAACAGAAAGACCAAGUAGCCUAGGCUUUUAAUUCACGUACCGUCAUAAUUAUGAAGACUGUUUCACAAUAACAAUAACCAAACAGUAAAACAACAACCCGACCCACUAUAUCCAUUCGAAUGCACUGAAAUAUUUAACUUUUAAGUAUUUUAUAAAGUUUUGUAUAACCAUAGAUUUAAAUAAAAUGAAAUAAAAAAAUA